AUGGCCAGGACACAAGAUGGGAUCACUGCCCAUUUUUUAGACCCAGUUUACCUAAAAGAAGCUGCUUUGGAUCCAGCCUUUUCUCUGCUGUGGGGAGAGUCCCAUGUGCUGGGUAAUCCUGACAUCAAGGCAGAGGUGACACAGCAAGGUAAAGAUAAAUAUAAACUGACUUUAGUAUAACUUUCUAAUCUAACUUUAUUUACCGUUGAGGUGGACCACUCUCCUUCGUGCGUCCCUGAGCUGCCUGCUUCAGAUCCGUCACUCUGCUGUGCUGUGAGGUAGUUAGUGGAUGAAGAUCGCCAUGAGGUCGCUGUGCCAUCUACAGGAUAAGUCGGGGAACUGUCAAAUGGGGAACUUUUCAAAGUGAAACUGAAUCUUAUUCUCUGCAUAUUAUUUAUGAAAAUUGCGUCGAAAAUCAGCAAGUUUUGGCCAAUUAUCGAUAAGUCUCAUAUGGGCUAAAAUUGUCCAAUUUAAUCGGCAAUAAAUCGGUCAGGCCCCAGUAAUAAGAGCUCUUUUGUUUCUGCUGUUGUUACAUGUUUUGCCAGAAUUGAUCCUGCAAGAUAUGGCAGAGACUGAGCAACCUGUGCUUCUUGUUGAUGAAGAAGAGCAAGAGGACCUAACAGAAGGAGAAGGGCUGUUUGCAUACCAUAAGAGGCAGAAGAAGGAUGUUGGGACCACUCCAGCACUUGAGGUAAUUCACUACCUUCAUUCACCAAAAGGACAGAAUGCACUUUUGUUCUGGGCAUUGAACAAAAAGACUCUUCUGUCACUCUUCUGA